GGAGCAAAGCCCGGUGAAGGUGGCGAACUUCCGGGUCACAAGGUCACACCAGAGAUUGCAAAAACGCGAUUGUCAACCUUGGGUGUGGCAUUGAUCAGCCCUCCACCACAUCAUGAUAUUUACUCCAUUGAAGAUCUUGCUGAGUUGAUUUUCAAUCUGAAAUGCUCCAAUCCCAAGUCAAGAAUUAGCGUUAAGCUGGUGUCAGAGGUCGGUGUUGGUGUAAUUGCCGCUGGUGUGGCUAAGGGUCACGCCGAACACAUCGUGAUUUCCGGCCACGACGGGGGGACUGGUGCUAGUUCGUGGACCGGCAUCAAACACGCCGGAUUGCCGUGGGAACUGGGUCUGAGUGAAACACAUCAGACUUUGGUUUUGAAUAAUUUGCGGCGACGAGUUGUCUUGCAAACAGACGGACAAUUGAGAACAGGCCGUGAUGUGAUCAUUGCUGCCUUGCUUGGGGCGGACGAAUUUGGCUUUUCCACCGCCCCAUUGAUCAGCCUUGGCUGUACGAUGAUGAGAAAAUGUCAUCUCAAUACGUGCCCCGUUGGCAUAGCAACACAGGAUCCUGUUUUGCGAAAGAAAUUUGAUGGCAAACCAGAAUACGUCAUCAAUUAUUUCUUCAUGAUUGCUGAAGAGGUACGCGAAUACAUGGCUAAGCUGGGUUUUAAAACAAUGAAGGAAAUGAUCGGGCAGACACAAUGCAUCAAGAAUUCUGAAGAUCCUUUGAACGAGAAAACUAAGCUUCUUGACUUCGGAAAGAUUCUGCUUCCAGCUCAUUCCUUGAGCGAAGGUGAACAUUUUGGUGGAACUGAGGGACAGGAGUUUGGAUUGGAAGAUAGAAUGGAGGAUGAACUCAUCGCAGCCGUUCACGAUGUUCUUGAAGGGAAGCGAAAAAACGUUCUCAUUGAAUUCAAUAUUGGAAAUCAAGAUCGAAGUUUUGGAACAACAACAAGCUAUCACAUAUCCAGAAAACUCCUCGACACUGGCCUACCUGAAGACACGGUUUUCGUGAAACUUAAAGGGUCUGCAGGUCAAAGUUUCGGGGCGUUCGUUUGUCGUGGUAUUACUUUAGAGUUGGAAGGAGAUGCAAAUGACUAUGUAGGAAAGGGUCUUUCUGGCGGGAAGAUAAUAUUAUAUCCGAGCAAGAAUUUGCCCCAGAAUUUCAAAGCUGAAGACAAUAUCAUUGCUGGGAAUGUCUGUCUCUAUGGCGCCACGUCUGGGAAGGCAUAUUUUCGUGGAGUGACUGCCGAACGCUUUUGUGUUCGCAAUUCAGGCGCCAUUGCUGUUUGUGAGGGGUGUGGUGACCAUGGUUGUGAAUACAUGACGGGGGGAACGGUCGUUAUUUUGGGACCGACUGGAAGAAAUUUUGCGGCCGGAAUGUCGGGAGGGAUCGCUUACAUUUUUGACCGGUCAGGUAAAUUCCCAAGUCUUUGCAACACACAAAAAGUUGAUCUUGAUCCAUUACAAGAUGAAGAUUAUACCUCACUAAAACACAUCAUUCAGGAUCACUUUCAUUACACGCAAUCUACCGUGGCAAAGACCUUGUUAGAUAACUGGAGUGAGGCUGUUAAACUCUUCAUCAAGGAUUCGGUGAACGACAUUGCUGAUAUUGAAGAAGCUGUUCCGAAUGACAGUGAUGAGAAAAACAUUGAUAAACAAAGAAUUCACCGGAGAGUUUGCCCCGCGCCAUGUGAGGGUGCCUGUGUGCUGAGCAUCAAUUCACAACCUGUUACGAUCAAAAGUAUCGAAUGUCAAAUCAUUGAUGUUGCUUUUGAAAAAGGAUGGAUGAAACCUCAGGUCGCCUCAAUGAGAACAAACAAAACUGUUGCUAUCAUUGGAAGUGGUCCUGCUGGUCUAGCAGCUGCCGCUCAACUCAACAAGGCUGGUCACCUUGUCACGGUUUAUGAAAAGAACGAGAAAUGUGGCGGAUUACUGAUGUGAAUUCCUUCAAUGAAAAUUGAGAAAGAGGUCGUUCAAAGACGUAUCCAUCUUCUGGCUGAGGAAGGGAUAGGAUAUCCCAAUACCGAAAUCGGAGUCGAUCUUUCCGGCCAGCAGCUGCUCGAGUCAUAUGACGCCAUCCUUUUAGCGAUUGGUUCAACCGUUCCACGUGACCUCCAGAUUCCUGGUCGAGAACUUAAGGGCAUACAGUUCGCUAUGGAUUUUCUGGAAAAAAAUCAAAAGAAACAGCUUGGUCCUUACAGUGGUAACGUCACAGACGCACGUGAUAAGAACGUGAUCAUCAUUGGUGGAGGCGACACAGGUGUAGACUGUGUGGCCACCUGUGUGCGACAGAAUGCAAGGACGAUAACGACAUUCGAAUUGCUGAGCGAACCGCCUAAGAACAGAAAAGACGCAAAUCCGUGGCCUCAAUGGCCGCGCGUGUUCAGAAUUGAAUAUGGGCACGAAGAGGUUGCAAUCAAAUACGGCAAAGAUCCUCGGCAUUAUAACACCCUGAGCAAGGAAUUCAUCAAUGACGAGAAAGGAAACGUCACCGGCAUAAGAACAGUCAGAGUGGAAUGGGUCAAGGACAUCUCAGGCCGCUGGGCGAUGGCUGAAAUACCAAAUUCUGAACAUAUUUUCAAAGCAGAUCUGGUGAUCAUCGCCCUGGGGUUCACUGGACCAGGAAAAACUUUGGCGAAAGAACUUGGCCUCAAAAUGGACAUCAGAUCAAAUUUUGCAACAGAAAGGAAUAAUUUUAACACAAACGUCCCGAAGAUUUUCGCCGCUGGAGACUGCAGAUAUGGCCAGUCCUUGGUCGUGACUGCGAUAGCCGAAGGCAGACAGGCCGCGAGACAAAUUGAUUUGCAUCUCAUGGGAACGACCUCAUUGGCUGGACCAGGUGGAGUAAUUGUCAAUCAUGAAUCACGUGUCAGCAUAAGGUCAGAGUAACUGUUCAAUUCCUCCUCAGUGGAGCUGUUUAUAAAUCACGUCUUACAGACAAUGUUCAAUCAACUAUACUAGCUGUCAGCUCUAGUGAGGAAAAUGGGGAAGAUAUCUCUAUAUUCGGGGUUUUUUUUCACUAGUCUUAUCUCCACAUUUACCAUAUUUGUCUGUGAAUUGAACCGUGAAUAGCUAUAGAUAAACAAUACUUCGAUACGAAUGAUAAGGUUGUUUACACUUGAAAUUUUCGCUUUUGAUUUUUGGCGCCAUUUUCUUCGUUUGGUAGAUGUGAUUUAAUGGGUAAGUAACAGAUGUUUCAAUUUAGGGCAUUUUUACAUCAGAGCAUUUAUGACUAUCCGCUCGUUCACAUCUAUCAAAAGAAGACAAACUCAACAAAAAUCAAAGUAAAAAUUGCAAGUGAAAACAUGCCUAUAGUGAUCUGAUAAUGAUUGGGAAAAAUUAUCGAAAAAUUAUAAAAUCGAAAAAAUUAGAAGAUAUUGGUCACUAUGAUAUUUCACCAAGUUGGUCCAAACUUUUAGUUGUAAAAGAGCCUAUUUAAAUUCCUAGCCAUAUAUUCAGAUUUUUGAACUAUUUUGG